AUGCUUAGAACCAACUUAAAUGUAUCUCAAGGACUUGUAAAUGGUGCAAUAGUAAAUAUGACAGAGAUUAACUGGCCCAAUUUUGUUAGAGAUCAACUUUAUGAUGAAUGUAUACCAACAUCGAUUCGCGUCGACUUUGGAAGAGAUGGUAUCCAUAAAAUCGAGCCCAUAUCUAGUCAUUUUCCUGCGAUGCGCAGUUAUGGUACGGCUGAGCGUAAAAUGUUGCCAAUAAUUUUUGUCAUGGGCAGUAACCGCACACAAGUUACAGGGCUCCACCGUCGAUCAUGCUAUCGUUUAUCUUGGACCAAGGCUCUUUGCAAAAGGACAAGCUUAAGUUACUCUUAG